AUGGUCAAAGCAGGUGUUUUGGGUGCCACGGGCUCCGUGGGCCAGCGUUUCAUCUUGUUGCUCUCGCAACACCCCACCUUCGAGCUCCACGCCUUAGGGGCGUCGCCUCGUUCCGCCGGUAAGAAGUACGCCGAUGCCGUCGUCUGGAAACAAACCGAAUUGUUGCCCGAACUGGCCAAGGAAAUCUUGGUGCAAGAGUGCAAGCCCGAAGGUGCUCUCGCCGAGUGUGACGUCGUGUUCUCCGGUUUGGACGCCGAUGUCGCCGGCGACGUGGAAAUCGCGUUCAAGAACGCCGGCAAGGCGGUGAUCUCUAACGCUAAGAACUACCGUCGGGAAAAGGAUGUGCCGUUGAUUGUGCCCAUCUGCAACCCCGAACACAUGGAGGUGGUUGAAGCUAAGCUCAGAGCCGCUAAGGAAAAAGGUGAACAAAAGCCCGGUUACAUCAUCUGCAUCUCCAACUGUCUGACGGCGGGUCUCGUGGCUCCGCUUAAGCCCUUGGUGGAAAAAUUCGGUCCCAUCGACUUGUUGACCACCACCACUUUGCAAGCCAUCUCGGGUGCUGGUUUCUCUCCCGGUGUCCUGGGCAUUGAUGUCUUGGACAACAUCGUCCCUUACAUCUCUGGUGAAGAAGAAAAGAUCGAAUGGGAAACGAGAAAGAUCUUGGGUAACAUCUCUGACGAUGGUACCGAGUUCGCCCCCUUGAGCGAAGACGAAAUCAGAGUGCUGGCUCAAUGCAACCGGAUUGCGGUGCUGGACGGCCACACUGAGUGCAUUCUGUUGCGUUUUAAGCAACAACCCCCUCCCUCGUUGGAAGAAGUGAAGCAGUGCAUGAGAGACUACCAGUGUGAUGCUGCUAAGUUGGGGUGCCCUUCGGCUCCUAAGAACACCAUCCACGUGUUAGAGGAAGUCGACCGUCCCCAACCUCGUUUGGACCGUAACCGUGACGCUGGUUACGCCGUGUCUGUUGGUCGUGUCCGUCCCGACCCCGUGUUGGACUACAAGAUGGUGGUGUUGUCCCACAACACCGUCAUCGGUGCUGCUGGUGCUGGGGUGCUCAUCGCCGAAAUCUUGCACGCCAAGAACCUUUUGUAA